AUGGCAACGCUAGUCAAAGAUGACGAGCUACGAUCUUUCGAUGUUCCAGAAGUGACUCGUCAUGCUGGUGGUUAUACGAUAUACAAAAUCGUAUUGCAAGUAACACCCAAAGAAAUAACUGAGAAUAGUUAUCAGAUCAUCUAUUGGAAACGUUAUUCGGAUAUUCGUAAAUUGUAUGAUACACUUCAUCGUUAUCAUCAAGCUAUCUACCGUCCUGGAAAAUUUCCAGAUUUUCCCGAGAAAUCAUCGUAUAUGGAACGUUUCAAUCCUGCUGUUAUCGAAGAGCGGCGAGUAGCUACGAAAAAGUUUCUGAAUUAUGCUGUCGAGCAUUUAUACUUACGCACACACGAUGCAUAUAUAAAUUUCUUUCAGAAAGGUGAAAAAUUAUUAUUGCCGGACGUUACAGUAGACACACUACAACCAGAAUCAAUCAGUCCAAAGGAACCGAAUAUUUCUCUUCCUGACUUGCCAACAACUGUGCAAUCAACAUCAACUGAUGAGAAACAUGAUGAACUUCUGUUCAAUGUCGAUGAACAAGAUGCAAUUUUAAAUCAUCCAUUACCGAAAAUACUUGACGAUCUCAAUGAUCUCACAUUUGACCAACAUGAUCCUAAUCCAGAUCCUUCAGAUCUACACACAAGUACAGAAACGCCAAGCAUACCACCAUUAAAUAGUGAUACUAAUGAAUCAUCUUAA